UUCCUUAAGUUGGUAAGAAACUACAACCACGUUUACUAAAUUAACCGCCAAGUGACCUAGAGCAACAUUUAUUUUAAUAGCAGCUAGCAGAGUCAGACACAGACAAGGUUGUUUCCUAGAAGGAAACCGUGGCGGGAGGCUCGCUAAGAUGUUCAGAGCUAGCGGCAUAUUGAAGUUAGCGGCGCUCAUCUUAGCGUUCCUCCUUGCUGUCUUUCUGGCUUUCCAAUUGCUGGAGAUUAACGUGGAAUUUAAACUUGGGAGUAUGAUGUCCAGAUCUUUGCCAGUAAAUGAAGCACAAACAAAGCCAGCUGUACAUAAAUGUGGACUUUCCAAGGCAUGUCCACCUGGACACUUUGCCUUCAAGCUGGCAAGCGGUGCCGCAAGCGUGGUCGGGCCUAGGAUGUGCCUAGAAGACAAAUUAUUAAUGAGCGGUGUGAAGAACAAUGUUGGGAGAGGGAUCAACAUUGCCUUGAUCAAUGGAAAGACGGGAGAACUUCUGAAGACUGCUUUUUACGACAUGUGGGCUGGAGAUGUGGCUCCACUUAUUAAGUUUCUAAAAGAAAUUGAAGAUGGGACAGUUGUAAUGAUGGCUUCAUUUGAUGACCCUGCAUCUAAACUCAAUGAUGAAGCCAGGAAGCUGAUUGCAGAUCUGGGAAGCACAGCUAUCGCAAAUCUGGGGUUCCGGGAUAACUGGAUCUUUGUAGGAGGGAAAGGCAUCAAGACCAAAAGCCCAUUCGAACAGCACAUAAAGAACAGCGCAGAUACUAACAAAUAUGAAGGCUGGCCCGAAGUGCUGGAGAUGGAAGGCUGCGUGCCGCAGAGACAGGACUAAACCAAGCUUCUGUGUCAGCAAUAGUUACCCAGCAGUGUAUAAUCUCAACUGUUCAUUUUGUAUCUCCUUCCAUCUGUGUUAAGACUGGUUCAAGUUUUUUUUUCCGUUAAAAAGGGUUAUAUGCUUUGGCAUUAUAGAUUUGGGCACUGUUAUUGCGUUUGUUUAUAAAAGAAAAAUAAAAGAGCUGUAAAAUAAAGCUCUUAACAUCUUGAAUCUGUUUGGAUAUGUCCAGUUUGACAGAAUUUGAAGUGCACUGGAUCUUAGAGGUUGUGUUAGUUUUUUGAUUUGUUUUCAUUAUCUUCCAAUUUAUUUGAACCCAAAGACCUGGCUUUCACAGACUGUUGAGUGUUUGCACUGAUGGAAAGUAAUGUAUUCUUGUCCUCAUGUUUUUCCUGGAGGAUAAACUUUCUAUUACUUUUCUAUACUCUGCCUUAAUAUUUUCAUGUUUUGUAGCAAAUAAGUGUCCAGAUUCAGUUUCCUUUCCGAAUUACUUUUUAGAAAAUUAUAAUUAACUUUUGAAAUUGUAACCAAAUAUACCAAAAUUCACUGUGAAAUGUGUAAAUAUUUCUUUAGACAAGAGUUAGCUUAUAAAACCUUUAAUUUAAAGAACAUGAAAGCAGUAAUAUAAGUUGAUGGAACAAAUAAAUGCUAUUGAAAUUG